CUUCUGGUACUUAGAAUGCUAGGAAAAAGAAAACAACAGGUUUUAGAAUCAGAUAUUGAAUAUCUUUGCGAUCUUGCUUCUAAAUAUGCAGAUAAAAGUCCAUAUGAUGGCAAAGGGAUCUUGUUACUCUGUAAGUCCUUAUUACCCAACAAUUGCAAAACCAUGCUUGUGGAAUAUGAUAUUGCGAAAAGGAUAGGCGAUCACAAAGUCGCUGCAACCUUUAUUACAGAAAAUUGUUCCGCUCUUAGUAAUCACUGGUAUAACGAAUUAAAUGGCAUAAUAACUGGCCUUCUAGCGAACCCUAUUGAUGUAAUUUGCCAAAGGAUUUUCAGUGCUUUAGCUCCACGUGUUCAGUGUGAUUUACUCUUCUCAUAUAUUUCUUCCAAAUAUGAUAACGCGGCAGACCAGACUGAUUUUUUUUUAAAAUUUUUGAAUACCAAAAUAGAUAUUCUUAAGGAAAAGAAUGGAACUGUCGAGUUUUUGUUCAAGAAGUUUAUUAAUAUUUUGAUGCUGGCAGAGGAGGAUCUUUUCCGAACCUUGACUUCCGAACCAAAACCGAGUGAAGAUAUACCUGAUACUCCCCUCUCCCCUGAGUCUGUAGAAAAAGUUGAAGAAACAAAGAUUUCUGCUAUGGUAACUGAAAGUGGUGGUGGUAAUGAGGAUGAAGGAGAAGAAGGCGAAGUAAUCGAAGAAAACGACGAAUUUGAUGAAUUUAUUGACGAGGAGGAGGACUCAAAUCGAAAACGGGUUAGAGGAAAGGAAUUAGCGGAAGUUCUAAACAUUUACAGAAUGAAGCUUGCCUGUGAGAUUUUGCCAUUGAUACAUAAGAUGAGGAAUAAUCUCAAACUUGGUAUUCAUUUUCUCCACAACGUGGUGACAAAUUCUCUCCAAUUUAUCUUCACUUUUGCUGUUCAUUGUCCUUUUGUUUCGGAGGGAUAUCCUACAAUUUCGGGUUUGAAUGAUGAUAUUCCUGAACUACUCAAGGAGGAUCCUGUUACCCUCUUAAGGAUAUACUUGGAUAUGGCUUCUGAUCUUCUCAGAUGGUCUGUGAAAGCAUCCUUCAAAGUUCUCUCAAAAUCGGAAAUUUUCGAUGCACUUAAGAGGGCUUAUCACGAUUACAAAGAACGAAAUCAUGGCAGUGUAGGGGCAAAUGUAAAGAAACGAAAUCAGAACAUUCUAUCUGCUACUGCAAGUCAAAUAGGUGCUAUAUUCUGGGCUCUCUUUAUCGAAACGUCUUUGGAGUACUUCACAGAGUUGCGAGAAAGAGCUUGUAUUCCAUUCAACAUUUCUACAGUGGCCUCCGUUGUCUCAGAAACAGCGGAUCCACCUUCAAACGAAACCUUAACUGGGUUGCUGGAGGGGCUUCAGUCUCUCAUGUCACUGCGGCAGAAAUUUAAAACUCAGAAUAAAUCAAAGUUUCGGCCCCCCCUUGCCCAGGGAAAGGAAAGGUUGACUCUCGAUGAUGCCUUGUCUGCAUUAAAGCCCCAGGGAGUUAUUGAAAGUGAUCAAUUUACCUGCCUUUUGGAGUUUAUAUCUUGUCUUGGAUUGACGAUGGGUAGUUUAGACGAAAUUUGUGAGGAUGUGUUUGCUAAUUCGUCUCUAAUAUCAGAAGUUUUUGACGAGGAACAAACCAAGGUUAUCCAAUGCUUGUUAAGUCUUACAAAGCUUCAUUUGAAAUCGCCGAAGAAGGCAAAGGACGUUGCGGCGGAAAGAUUUCGAUUGGUUCUCCGGUUGAAUGAAUUAGAAGUAUCGGAAGAUUCCACUAAUCACACAUGGAGCAAACUAUCAAAUUGGGUAUUUUUGCUCUCUAUAGUAAAUCCUAUUGAUACGAUGGAGAUAUGUUUGGCAGCUAUAGAACAGUGGUUAGCUGAUUCCAAGAAUACUCUUGAAGCUGCUUGUCUUAUCAUUGUCUUGCAUCAAAAUCCUCUUUGGACACGUAUACCCGAACUUAGCUGUGAGCAUACUGCGGAGUUUAUGAAUUCCCUUCAAUCAGAUUGGUCUAAAGCAAGGACUCUUCUCUCCGGUUGGCUUAAGGCUGGAUUUAUUCAAUGUCCAAGUGUACUAACGCAAAUUGUGCAAAUGGAAAUGUCUUUCUUUUCAGGAGAUAUAUCUGAGUCAGAGAUGACUAAUGUCGGCGAUAUUUUCAGCUCACUAUUGAAUGGCAAUCGCCGUAACAAAAAAAUAUGUUUAGAUCAAGCACUUACUUCUCUCAAAUCUGUUUCAACUCGAAGGUAUCUUGAUAAAAAUAGCUCAUUUAAAUGGCUGAAUCGUGACGCCAACGUCUUCACCUGGAAAUCAAUGUGUGAAAUCAUUCAACUUCUUCUCCAAGAGGAACUCCGUGUUCUGACUUCACGUCGAACUAGCACCGAUAUCGUUUCGUCCGAAUUUGCUGAUGCGUUCCGUCUUCUUAAUUGUUUUCUUUCGUGUGGACUACAAACUGAUUUAAAGCUUCCUCUGAACGAGAUGCUAGUAUUUCUUUGCGGAAUUUUAACUGACCCGAAAUUGGUCUAUCUGCAAUCGCUCGUUAUUGAUGCCAUAUCAGCCCUGCUGUGGUAUCUUCCGGUGGAAACUCAAACUCUCGAAGCAGCAACUUUAUGUCGUAGGUGUCUCCUGAAUUGGUGUUUUGCUCAAAUGAAAAUUACUCCAUCCGAUGGUGUUUCAUUACUCCUUUGUCAAACAGUUGAAGCCUCCUUUACCUCAAGGAAAACUCUCCAAUGUGGAUUUGGUGAUCUCCUUGAAUCUGUCUUGACCUGCUUCGAGCAGGGUUGGAAAGAUAGGCAUGGUUUGGGCUGGUUUCUGCGCUUAUUUCGUUGGACCGUGGCAGAAGUGUGUAUCACUCUGGAGAUUCAUCAAUCCUUGAUUAAAUGCUUUCUCCAACGGACGUCCAUUAUUUUCAAAAUGUGGAAUGAAUUGAGGGAUGCAGGUUGUCAAAUUGGUGUCUCCUGUCACGAAGCACUUCCAAUUUUGGAUGUUGAAGAUGAAUCCUCUCCAGCUUUAGCACUAGCGGUUAGCAAAUGUCUAGAUGAUCCUUACUCCUUGGAUGAUUACUACGUCAGAGUGGAAGUACUUAAGAGUCUCUUUUCAAUAACGGAGGAGUCUACUUUCGAGCCCUGCUUGCUCGUUGAUGCUUGUUUCCUAGCGGAUAAAAAGCCAUCGCUUCUUCCUCGUAAAAAUGGCCGACGUCCACACCCCAAUUCCAUUGACACCGGACGUGAACUUUUGAUUCUCUCACGGUGGAUCCUCAAUACUUGUCUUGCAGUGAAAUCGAAGGAAUUUGCUAAGGAGAUUGAACCGUUUUGUCGACUUCUUGCUUCACUCCUCACCUCCGAAUGGACUCGGUGUUGCAAUCGAAUGCUAUUUCAAGCGGAGGAUUCGUUGAGCUCCCAAUUGGUUGGAAUGGAAGAUACUUUCGCCACAUUUGGAGCUCUUUUAGUGGUUAUUAAAACGUUCGAAAUGACUGAAAUACAAGAAUAUCUAUGUUCUAAGUUAUCUAUUAACACGUCGACAGUAAUCUACGGUUUUUUCCAACAACUCCUUAAUGCUAACGAACUUAUCGGUUGGCUAUGGUGGCCAGUUUUUGAUUGGAUGCUUCGUUUUCAAUGGCAAAGAGCCGUAGCAACGGAAUCCUUACGGGAGUUUAAUUUUUUUGAAGCCCUGGAUGCUAUUUCAAAUAUGCUUGAUUCAGCGAAGCGACCGUUAGGUAUUAGAUAUGCAAUAUCGACAACAAUUACUGCGUUGAGAGCGGCUACUUACUGUCUGAAGAAAGAUCCAAUAAAGUUGGUUGGUAAGGCACCAAGUCUGGAGGGGAUAUGGGACCAAGGCAUCAGGUGGUUGGAAAGAUUGCUGGUGACCAAAGAUGGUGAACAAAGGGUUAAGAAUGAGAAACAAAUGGCUCUAGUACAUGAUCGGCCAAUCUGUUUGCUUUUUGAAGAGUUACUGAAGCUUGACGCUACUACUUGCGGAUCCACUCCACCUAGAUCCAGAUACCUUUCAAGAUUAUGGCAGAUUUUGCUAUCGACUCCUAACUUUGGAAAUCCACUUGUGCCUUGGCGAUAUCGCCUAGCUGUUUCUAUUUACCUUGUUUAUCCCAAAAUCUCAAUGGAAAUUUUGUGUUCGUCAAACCAACCUUGUUUACCUUCGCCGAUUGAAUUUCUCUUUAAAAAUUCCAACAAUUUUGUUAUUCAUCGUUGCUACAACUUGCAUUGGAGUUUAAGUUUGCUCCUACAACAAGAAGAUCUUCCCCAUUGGCUCCCCAGUGGUGAUAUCGCACCGGAUUAUGGUGAAAAGGGUCAAGAAAUGAUUAGACAGCUUGUUCGAUCGCAUUUUUCAGAGCCCAAAGAUCGUUUCACCCGUCUAUUUAGCCAUAUCGUAACUGGAAAGCAACUAGAAACUCACUAUUUGCAAGAAGCAGUCGAUUAUGUGCUGUCCGAUUUCGAACGACAAAAGGGCUUAUCUUGCUUGCUUUCUGAGCUUUUAAAGACGAUUCCUAGACAACAAUGGCCUAGUAAAGUGGAUUUGUUGAUUCAAAACCUCCUCGUCUUUAAGGAAACCAAGGAAAAUAAUGAAUCGAUUCUCGAUGUAGACCUUGGUGAUACCAAUGAUAUACCAAUUGAUGUCGCAUUGGGAAGCGCUGAAGACGUGAGCAAGGCCGAUUUUAAAUCAAAUUUUUACGAAGUGAAAAUCGAUAUCCCGCUUUCAGCUUUCUCGUCUGAUGACUUGCUAACGGAGAUUGUAUCUUGCCUUCAAAACAUUUUGCCCACAUUGUCGUGGAAAUGUGCUAAAGACACUAAAUGGUUGGUUGCUUUCCUUCGUCAUUUAGCAAAAGUGAGAUUAUCUCCAACUGCGGGUGAAACUGUUGUUGAACUAUUUUGCUGUCUAAUCGAUGCCAUUAAGGACGCGCUAAAAACUCAACUCGUCUUGAAAAGAAAUUCUCUGUUUCUUGAUGUGAUAUCAGGGUUAAAUGAGUUUGGUCUGAUAUUAUGCAAUUAUGUUAGAAGAGUUAGUGAAGACGUUUUGGUCAAUGAGAUCUGGGAGCAAAUAGGCGGCCAAGUGGUAAAGUUGGCGGAAACAGCCUGGGUUGCCGGAGGGUCAAGGUGGCCAAAAAUUGAGGAGCAAUUCCUGCCCUCUUAUGUAUCUUCAGUUUUCUGUGAUGCAGUCGCAGUAAAUGUCAAGCUACAUUCAGUUGGAUUGGUUUCUGAGGCGAUUUCUAUCACACCUUUGGACGCAUUCCUGUCACAGAAAGAUAUCAGCACGAAUUUUCAGGUAUUUACGCUUCUACACAGACUUUCUUCUGAACCACAAGGAUCCCUUAUGCCCCUCUUAUCAAAGCUUAUACGAUUCAUUUCAAAAAUGUCGGGUCGGAAAUCUCAAGCUUUUUUGUGUAUACUCGACAUGAUUUUGUUUCUCCUUAUUUCAAAAUUGAAUCCAGAAGGCUUCAAUCUCUGCGAUAUUGCCUCGAAAAAUGAAAGUGCCCAAUGCCCUUCGUUGUCACAGUUGUCGAAACGAGACUCCAAUUCACAGUCUCCGCUACCUCUUGCGAUAACCGUUUGCUGUUGUCUCAUUAGGAAUUCCGAUUCCCCGAAAUUGAUCAAUCAGAUUUUGGUAAAGCGAUUGGCUAAUAAUAAUGAAGCGUACUUCAAAGAUAAACUGAGAGUUGUUUUGCUGUCUCUUUGUCUCUGGGAGAUCUCUGGUGGCCAAUUUGAUCGGUCAGUGCAUGGUGAAGAGUUUGAUACUGCUGCCAAAGUAUUUGGAUUCACUUCUUUUGACGAAUUCUUGGAGAGCUCUCCGCAUGAGUAUGGUGCAUUUAUUCGAUUGGCUGGAGUUGAAGUGAUGGGAGAAGGUCCAAUUAAUGCAGAACCAAUCGAAAUUGCGGCUUAUUUAUUUGGAAAAGAUUCUUUUAUGGACUUCAUUCAGCGCCUAAAGUUAGCUGAUACUACCUACUUUAAGUCAUUGAGUAGUAUCGAAAAUCUUGUGGAAAUUUCUAACCAUCUGAUUCAAUUUGUCCUUCUCUUCGCGAACGAUAAUACAAACAAUCUUGAGAAUAACGCCUCAUUUCUUGGCCAUCAUCUCAUAUCCCGUUUUUUGAUUUUGCUUGUCCAACUUUUCCCAACUCAUCGCGCAGAAAGUAGUGGUGCAAUAACUGAAUCACUUUUUUCAAGUUUGACGCUGGAAGAAACGGUAAAGAAGGCUUCACAUGUCCUAUCCAAAUCUGUUUCUCUAAGUUCUGACUUCGUAUUGAAAUUGUCCGAUUCGCUUUUGGAAGCCGCUGGUUUCCUAUUGGAAGAUUCAAAUCAACCAAGUGAGGGCUCACUUUUUGAUCCUCUCGGUGGUUAUUACUCAAGAGUCUGCAUAUGGCUUGGAAUUGCCCGUUUCCUCAAUCUCCUAAGUUUGACCUCCAACGUCACGGACAUCGCUAGAAGCUAUUUGAAUUGGCGUCUUAUUGGCGGAAUAAUUGAUCUCUUAGAUGGUGAAUAUCAACGAAAUCGAUUGGUCAAUAUGGGCUUUAUUUUGUCUUCGCUUUCUUCAAUUUUGGAUGAAAUUUUGUCACAUGAUAAUGUUACUCCAGGUGAUCCGCUUGAGAUUGCAUGGCACAAUUCGACAGUUUAUUUACUAGUGGAAAUUUCUUUAAAAUUACCCUCCUUACCGGACUCUCUUCACUUGGAAUUGUCCGAUAAAAUCGAUCAUAUUUUGGCUGCACUCUUUCAUGGUGUUGGCGGAACAAGGUUUUCAAAGGCUAUUUGCCAACUUGAUUACGUGAUAACGAAGGGAAGUAUUUUAUCAACAUAUGAACCGCAUUUUUUGAGCAACUGCACCUGCAACAGAAGCGAUCCCAAUCAAGAAAUAGUCCGACUCCUCAAAACCCUUAACAGUAUGCGCUACCCAAAUCUGCUAAAAUAUCGAGCUACUGGUUUUCGGCACUUAAUCGGUCUUCUACAGUCGAAAUUUGAGACGGAAGCUUUGAAGUUGCACGAGAAAUUAGUUCUUUCCCUUCAGGAAUUCGAAGAAUCGAAGGCGAGCUUAGCAGCAGCUUCCACAAUUCAAAAUUGGGUUCCUCCAGCAAAGGCUAUCGGAAAUACUCUUCUGCCCAAUAAGAACCGUCAGGAGCUGAGGAAGUUGUUGAUUGGCUUAUUAAGGGGCAAUGAUGUAGUGAUAAUCGAUUCUGCUACGCGCAGUGCCAUUGCUGAAUGUAUUGCUUGCUUGGGAUCUGAUUUCGACGAAGAAGACUAUUUCUUUUAUUCAUUUGAUGAAAUUAAGAAAAUUUGUGCUGAUAAAUCACCAAAUCCUUUGGCUGUUGAGCAAAUCAGAGCUAUGGUGACAAUCUUAAAUAGGCUUACUUCUCCUAAUUCGAGAUUUUCAAAAUUGGGGCCUCCGUGCCUUCGAGAGGUGUUAUCUGAUUCUCAACUUCGAUUAACUCUCUUCGAAAAUAUCAACAUAUAUGAAGCUCAACAGGAAAUGAGCCUUAUGAUUAAAUUCGCUCCUUUUGUUUCUAGCGAUGAGUUGAACACUAUGAAAGCUCCCAAGACACAAGAUUGCUUGAAAUUCAGCAUUCGAAAUAUCUCUGAAUCGGCCCUUAUUGAACUAUGUUCUAAUAGCCUCCUCAAUCUCACGAAAACCUGUGAUAGUCAAACAAAACCUGCCAUUUUAAUAAUUGCCGAAUGGCUUUUUGUGAACAAAUUAGUUUUAGAUGAUUUCUUUCAAGCCUGCGCAUCACUUAUCCUCGUAGAGACUUCAAUUGCGAAUCGUCUAGUACCUUGGAUAUUCGCUCUUCUUUUGGUGAAUCUAAAAAUGACAACUAAUCCUAAAGUUGGAAAACUCGCAGACAAGGCUCUUCAUUAUGUAAUUGCAGCAUUUAAUUCGCUUAUUGGUAAACCCGAAAUGGAGGGCUUCAUUCAUUCGGUUGUAAUGGCCUUACAUUCAUAUUCGCAAUGGCUUAUUCGAACAAGAACUAUUUCGAAGAUGGAAUUGGGCUUCGACUGGCUCGCUUUUUCAAAGAGUGCACUUGGCUCGGAUUCUAUUGAAACUGCUUGGCUUUUCUAUGAAUUUGAGUGGCUAAGGCGGCCAUAUGAGAUGUUUAGUAAUGUUACUGCCCAGAACCUUUGGAUCGAUUUAUGCAAAGUUCAAGGUGAUCUUGCUGGUCUGAAAGCAGCUCAAAUCGCAAUGGCACCCUUUUUCGAUCAGUCUAUCGACCUUGAGAAUCGCUUUCGAUGUGCGAUUUCAGAAUUCGAUGGUCAGUGGAAUUCCUCACUCUCCCGUGAUGAUAUAGGUGUUGCCCAAAUUGCCUUGCAUCUUCAUAAAAUCGGGGCUGAUAAGGCCUUCACUCAGUUACUUUCCGCUCCAUCUAUGGUGGAGACUGAACAUAUGCCGUCAUUGAUUGAGGCCAAAUAUCGUGUGGCUUGGCGUUCUAAUCCUUGGAAGUUAGAUAAACCAACUCACUUUCAGUUGGCCAAAGACCCUAUGCUCCUGGGUGUCGAUUUUAAAAUUCGUUCGAGAGAUCUAUUUGUCCAACUUCCCACUGCUUCCAAUUUUAUGCUUCAACGUGGGAUUGACACAGAUUUAUUUGAUUCCGAGACCUUGAAAGGCGUUCGGCAAAAAUCAUUAUCCAUUCUGAGUGAUUGGAACGCUUCGACUUCUAAAGCAAUGCCUCAACUGGACGACGAAAGAUUGAUCUAUCUCCUCCAAAAGUCCGUCUGUUGUGAGGACUGGAAAUACGCUGAACAGCUGAUUAAUAAACGAAGGAAUUCAUUAGUUAAUAAUAUCACUUCCCAUAAAGUGGAUCUCCAGGAAUUUUCAACGGAAAUGAAUUUGUUGAAAACUUGGAGUCAAGUCUGCAGUCUGAAGGAUGAAAAAUCUGAUUCAAGGAGAAACGCUCCUCUAUUCCUUCUUCAAGCGUCUAUCGAACAGGGCAUCAAUAGGAAAAAUCCCACGCCUUCGUCUCUAAUGGAAGCCACCAUUUGUCUUGCUCAAGCUUUGUCAGAUAGUGAGGAUCAAGUUUCCUCGUUGAGUAUUCACACUCAACUCCAACUGGCUGACUUGUACAUCGAACACGGAAACGCAUUACAGGCUGAACAGCUAUUCAAAACUAUCCCUUCAUUCAAUUUUUCUUCUCAACUCCUCACUAUGAAACGAGAUCUCUCCAUGGCUCUUACACGAUCAAGAUUGCAACGCUUUUGUGGUGAGACCUCUUUAUCUUGUGCGAGACAGAACGCGGUUCUUGAAGAGGCUUCCCGACGUUUAUCUAGACUGAAAAUCAGUCAUGAUGUCCCCACUUGGUUAUUGUUGGAGUCCUUUCUUUCUUCCGCGGUUGUUCUUUGUAAAUGGUUCGCAGAAUCCGGUUCCUUGAGUUCAGCUGAUCUCAUUUCUCUCAAUCUCAAACCGGCAAUCGAGUUAACAGAGAAGUGUUGGCCUUCCGAAGUUAAACCCCCACUUCCUAGUUCAGCGGACGCUUCUGCGUUGCUUGCAGAGUUUGCAGAUACCCAGUUCCAGGCUCUCGAUGCGUAUUUGAAAUCUCCAGAAUUUGCAGCUCGUAGAAGAUUACUGGCAGACGCCGAUGCCGAUGCUGCAUGUUUGACAGAAGUUGACAAGAAGAGUCGAUUCCUUCGGUUGCUUCAACGUCAGUCCACCAUCGAAAGCGGGGAGCUUUCAAAUCUCUUUUCAAGUCUGCAGACAUUCUUUUCCACUGCUAUUCUCUCCUAUUGUCAAUGCUUGGCACAUAGUGAUAAGUUCAAUCUAAGGGUUUAUCGCCUUGUCUCCCUUUGGCUAAACGCUGCUUCCCAGAUGGCUACAACUCGGGUGCUCGUUGGAUACGAUGCUGACGGAAUUACCACUUCGGAAACCCUUUUCACACCGGCUUGGCUUAAUUCAUUAAGUUCACAUUUGGCAAGAAUUCGAGAGGAUAAGUUUCUGCCACUAUUCCCUCAACUUCUUGUUAGACUGACUAGUCAUGGCAGUGAGAACAAGGCUCAAGUGGCGUUCAAGCAAAUGCUGGAGAGGGUAAGAUCAUAUAGUCACCGCAUGCCUCAAGUUCUCUUCGGGGCACUAUCAACUAAAAGUCACUAA